UCAAUACAACCGUAGAGACAACCCCCGCUUAUCAGCUGUCUGUUCCGCCGGGUGAUAGAUAACGCGUGUGCCGAAGUACAGCACACUCCGUGGAGCCGCCCGCAGUGCAACCUAGAAACCUGCUGCUCCUGCAUGUUCCGUGUGCGUGCGUGCGAAUGAGUGGAUAAAAGAUCCGUGGAUUUUCCGUUCCGCCCGAAAUCCGGAACGAGCUGGUUUCGAAGGCCAGGGGCCACGCGGGCACCCACACAACGGUGAGGACAGAUUGGAAGGCAGGCAGAAGAAACGCAAAUCCGUCACACCGGCCGCUCCUUUUCGAUAAAGCUGAUCAGCCCGUCGAGGAUGGCAGAGUAUGGCGACUAAUCCUUUCAAGCAAUCACCACUAUCGACACCACCGACACCGAACAGCAGUGGCAGCAACAGUAACAGCAACAGUAGCAACAGCAGUAGCAGCAGUAGUUUCCGUCCGGUUGGCCAGGAGCAGGAUUACGAUGACCACCCGGUACUCGUCUUUCCCACGGCGACGACGACGACGUAUUCAGCAGCGGCAGGAGUGUCCAGCAGCAGCAACGGCGAUACCGCCGGCAACAGUAUCCUAAAGCAACGUGCCACGUGUGCGUGCUCCAACAUCAGCAUUAUGCAGCUGUUUCACGAGAUGAAGCAGAAGUACCCUACCGUACCGGACACGGUCGUGUCGGAGCUCGUCACGCAGAACUGUCACGAUCGGCCGGCGUGCAUCGGCAAGCUGGAGGAAGCGGUCCUGGGAACGCCGGCCCAAACGACGUACCCGGCUCAGUCGAUCCACAGUGGCAGCCUGAAGCGACGCAGUGGCCAGCAGCAGCAGGAAGGGAAUGGGUUCGCCAGUGGCAGCACGGCCAGCACCAACAGCAGUAGUAGCAGCAGUAGCCGAGAGGGCAGCGUCGACGGUGCGAGAUUCGCGCUGCAACCGUUGCGUGGCGUCAGUGAUAUCAUCGGCCCCGGACAGGGGCCGUCUCCCCUACUGCGGCCUACAACGCUGGCCGUUGGAGCAUCGCCUCCCGUGCCACCGUUGCGCCCGAAUCGAAUAGCGCCGCAGUGUCCGGUCCCGGCGUUGAUGAAGCCACCCGCCCCGGAGCUGGGUGAGACAGUGAACGUGCAGCUGAACGUGACCGUGUCACCGGGGCAGCAGCGCCACAAAUCGACGAUCUCGCUCCAACCGAAACCCCCGUACUCGUGCGAGCUGGCACAGGUCACCAGUACGUUCAACAACUGUCCACCGGCUGCCGCCGGCAUUGUCACUGCGGUCAGCCCGCCAAACGCAUCGGCGGGUGGUCCUGGCGGUCAGCGUAGCUCUACCUCGGUCAAUCUGACCCUGCGCCAACCGACGGACGGUCGGCCACACUCGCCCAUCAACAUUCACGCCAGCCCGCUCAAGUAUACGGCGGAGAACUUUAACGCCGUGUCGGGCAUCCAGUCGAAGCUGGAGGUUACGUUCCGGGAUGGGUUCGGAUCGUUCAGUGCGAUGCGGGCCCACGUGCCAGGCUACAGCCAGCAGCAGCAGCAGCAGCAGCAGCAGCGGAUGCCACCGCCACCUCCACCACCGGAUGCCGUUCCUCACCACCAGCAGCACCGGAUGCCGCAGCCUCCUCAAAUCACCCGCCGUGGAAUGUCGGUCGAGGUGUCCGGUGGCCCAGAGCGCAAUAGCUUCUGGCAGCAGCCCCCAUCGUCGUCGUCGGGUCAGCCGGGCUCGCCACUAUCAGCGUCCAGGUUCCUUUCGUCGCGGGACACUCUGGCGGCACUGAUGCGAGGUGACCGCCCGGCCACCGCCGCUGAGAACGAUGGACUGGCGAAGCAACUACGCCAUCAGAACUUUAUUGUGGCAGAACUGGCCGUCUCGCAGCAGCUGGAGCAGAAGCAGCGGCUCGAAAAGGAGGUCGAGGAGAAGCGGAUGCAGUUCGAGCGGAUCUGCCGGGAGAUCUACGUGCUGCAGAAGCCACUGCGCAGCAUCGACGCCGAGUUGCUCGAUCGCGAGGUGUUGCUGCUGUCGGCGGAAGUUGAGUUGCUGCAGAAGGCGGUAGACUCGUGCGACGAUGAGGAGGAAGCAGCCCUAGCGGCCGUCGCGGCCAGCAACAGUGGACCGGUCAUUUCCGAUGGGCUGCGAGCACUCGGUGAUGACAGUGGAUCUCCAAUGUUUCCUCCGGCGACCACUUCGGCCGUGUUUAAUCGUCCUCCGCGUCCACCGCGGCCGCCACCGCCACGGGUCGCGGGUCAGUCUCCGUGCCCGAGCGUUGCCGGUAGCCUAACGCCCGGGACACCCCACGGUAGCCUCGGCCACGGCGGUUUCCCACCCGGGUACCCGGGAGUGUCAUCCGCAUCCUCGUCCUCGUCCUCGCCCUGCUCAACGUCUUCCUCAUUCACGUCGAACGGUGGUGGCGGCGGUGGGCCGAGCAGCAACCAGCAUCAUCCGGCCACCUCGACUCUCAACCAGCCGUGGACUUGCAGCCUUUGUACAUUCCAAAACCACGAACUGUUGCCCGCGUGUGAAGUCUGCUCGCUGCCGAAAGCAUCCGGUACUCGAUCGUUGGUCACGAAUGGUGCUGUCGGUGCCGGUGCACCGCGGCCCGCGGAUGACGGUGGAGAUGUUGGCGGCCUCGGUGCUAUGCUGCGACGCCAGCACCUGUCGGUGGAUGCUGGCGUUGCGGCGGCUGCUGCUGCUGCGGCUGCUGUGGUCGGAGCCUCGGUUGGACCCUCGACGGCACCGCCGGCAUACCCUGGGACCGACCUGGCCGCUGUACCUCCGGCGUUUAUCGUGGCCACGCCCGUGGGUUCCUCUGCCCCACCGUCGACGACCUCAGCGCAACAGUCGCAGCAGCAGCAACAGCAUCAACCGAGCCCACCACCGUUGCAGAAUGCUCAGUAUCAGAAAUCAUCCAUCGAAUGCUAAAACCAGCUUCUUCCAACUACUAACCCCCGGGCGGGACCGGGAAUCGGAUCGGAAAACCCGAACCAAACCCAAGAGAAGAACAUCGCCACUUGUGCAUGAUCACGAGUUUGCCUACGAAAGCCGAACACCGAUUCUCCGAUUGGCAACGUGGCCGCGCAAAGUGUGCGUGCGCGUGUGUUUGCAUGCGGCUAAAUGUGUGUUUUAACUUCUCUAGUGUUUGCCUGCUUCGUUCAUUUACCCCUCUUUCUCUCUCUCUUAUCGCUCUUAUCGAUCCGAGAAGCUUCUUCGGAGAUUGCAAUGACGGGGAUGCACACAUUCCACGAUCUUUUCUAGGCUUUGGCUUGAAAUUAGGUUCAACAAGUUGCUUGCGCGUCGGUCGGUGCUGCUGAUCGCCGAUUUGCCGAGUGUCCUUUUUCGAACUGGUAAAAAUGUGAUACAAUGACUAAAGUGAUUCGAAAGGGUGAAGGUCGCUCCGGACCGAUUCUUUCCACCACCACCACAUUGUUUCAGGGAACAAACGUACACGAAACGUUUAUUGUAGAUUGUAAGUGCGCAGCGUGUCAGCGUGUUGUAGGGUAAACGAAUACAAAAAAAGAUGUUUGUAAUCGGUGCGCGCCACAAAGCAUAAAUCAUGAUCAUACCACAGCAGGAACGAUAAUACACUAGUGAGUAAAGUAGGAUAGGAAAGGUGUAGACUAAGCGACCCACAUACGGGUCGGCGUAACAUUUAAAGCCCUACCACAGGACCAUAACGAAUGAUCAUACACAGCGGGAAGCUCGUCGUCGAUACAGUUAUUAGCCAGCACAGUAAAACCGCGCCGUGGUUUAGGGGAGCUAUGGUACCGUCGGCCGACACCACCGACCGACCAAAAUGAGAACACAACCACGCGAGCUGAUUACAAGCGGUGUUUUGCGACUGAACCGUUAUCACGCACGCGGUACGAUUAAAAAUAGAUUAUCGCACACAGGAGGAUCACAGGCCCCAGAGAGAGAGAGAGAGAGAGAGAGAGGACACAAGCACAUCGCGUCACGGCAUCAACGAGACGCGUCGCGGUCUGUCAUGUGCCGUUUGAUGCCGUGUCCAUCAGUGUGGCGGUGCUCCGCCGCCGUGCCGCUUCCUGUGGGCGAAUGCAAUUCCAAGACCGCUGCGCGCCCCGGUGCAUUGCGAUAAAAGU